AUGUCAGCAUUUAACGAUUAUUGUAUUGUUUGUGACAAAAUUUGCACACAUAGUUCAGUUUACUGUUCAGAUGAAUGUCAAUUUAAAGAUGGAAACUCUCAUUUUGAUUUCAACAAUGCACCACAAUUAAUCUCCCCAGUCUUGGAACCAAGAUCCAAUUCUAUUGCAUCAACAUUAACUUCAUCAUCAAGUUCAACAAUAGAGACUGAUGAAAUAGAGUCUGAAUUAGAAGAUGAUCAACAAUAUCAACAUAAACAUCAAGAAUAUUUAAUUAAAAGCCCCUUGUUAUUAUCAUCAAAUACUAAAGAUUCAAUUGCUGGUUUAAGCCUAAAUGAUGCUAUUCCAAGAGAAGGUAAUACAAAUUUAGAUCAACAUCAUAUUGAAUUACUGGCGGCUUCAUCAACUAAUUAUAAAAAAUGGUUAAAUGUUGUUCUAUGA